AGUCACCUACAGUCAGAGGCAGCUAAACACACUACAGCAGUCCACAGGGAGCUCAGAGCUGCUGCUUCUCCACUGUUUCUGAGGAUAUACGUCAAAGAAGAAGCAACCAUGAGGGUCGGGCUGCAAACUCUGAUAUCAUGUCUGCUGUUAUAUUUGGCAUCCUUCGAUACAGUCCACACUGAUGAAUCAACUCCACAGAUGUCAACUGCUGCCAGCACUUUGACCACACCUCUGGAUAUCACUUCCCAACCCUCACCGUCAACUAGCAUCGGCCUAACCAAUGGUACAUCGUCUGACCCUACUUCAGAACCUCAGUCAACAAGUGAAGUUUUAUCUACCACACCCAGCGACAUCACCAGCCCCAACACAGCCCAAACAAGCAACACAACCAACACUUCCCAAACCACCAACGAGAAAGGCACCACCGAAGCCACCAGCACCACUCAACCCAGCGGUACCACCAACAGCUCCACAACCACCAACGCAACCAGUACAACCCCCAACACUACUGAAAUGAAUAAUGCCACCAACGCAACCAGUACAACCCCCAGCACUACUGACAUGAAUAAUGGCACCAACGCAACCAGUACAACCCCCAGCACUACUGAAAUAAAUAAUGGCACCGACGCAACCAGUACAACCCCCAGCACUUCUCAGAUUACUGUCAGCACCAAUGCAAACACCAAUCCAACUGAUACCAUCACCACUAGCUCCCAAACCACGGACGGCAUCAGUUCCCAAAACACCAAACCAACUGAAGCUACGGGUGACACCAGCAGCACCCAAGCCACUGGGAGUUCCCAAAACACCAAACCUACCAGUACCUCCAAAACCAGCACCACUACCACUCAGACAAAUGAGGGACAGAAGCCCCAGGCUCUGAGCUCAGGAAGUGUUGUAGUCAUCGUUCUAGUGUUCAUCGCACUGGUCGUCCUUGUGAUGGGAGGAGUGUAUUACUUCAAGUUCAGAGGGCCAACCUACGGACGUCUAAAUGAAAGCAGCGCAUACGGCACUUUAGGAAACUUCAGCAACCCCAUGUUCGACCCUUGAAUUUAUCAUUUGACCCCUAAUCCCAGUAAAACCUAAAGUCCUCAACCUGCAGACGGAGCCAUUCUGAUCACGACAGUUUGUGAGCGAUGAGUUCAGGACGGUCAGAUUCCGUGAGACGUCUGGUUGUUUGGAUGCCAAACAAAAUGCGACGUUUCUCUUAACCUUUUUUUUAAUUGUUAUUGGAAGUAAAAUAGCAGCUUCUACUCAGGUAGCUUUUCAAACAGCUCUGACAGUUUGUAAUCACAUUCCAAGUGCACCACUGGACACUUUGUUUAUUAAGCAUACAUGUGAGAACAAAGACUUGAAAAUGUCUCAGAUUAAGAUGGAACUAUUCAUAUUAAGUGUGUAUUUUUAACAAUAGGCAUGAGGCAGAGAUAGACUGACCUUUUAACAGGAAAACCCACAGAGUCCUGCUGAAGCGGCCUAGAGCGAAGCACUGAAUCCUCACCAGCUCAAAGAGCCACAUUUAAACAAAACAGGUGAUUUUGAAAAGAUUUUCAAAUCUUAUUUCCAUAAAAUAUGGCCUUAAUCAAGGUAGAUUACUGCCUCUCUCAUCUCCAAUCAAUUCUUUUUAUGUGAGUUUAUAUUGUUGAAUGUUUUUGGUGUAAAUUUUCUUCAUGUUUUUGUGAGAUUCUGUGAUCUGCAGCUCAGCCAGAGUGCAGUUUUGAUUGUAGUUUUACUUGAGAGUGAUGAGAGAUAAAGUUUUUUUUAUUGUGUGAUGUGAUUGUAUGUGUGAUUAAAUCACUUAUGCAAGUGACGGAGGUUGUUACUGGGAUUUCUAUCCAUUAUGGUCCACUUUGGUCCAGACUGAAAUAUCUCAAAAAUUGCUGAGUGUAUAGUCAGGAAAUUUUGCACUGAUGUUCAAGGUACCUAAAUAAAAGCCUACUGCCUUCA